GAUUGGAAAAGAAGAAGCAGACGCAUCCUAAAAAAUAAACAAACUGAUAAUUUUGUGAACAUUUCAUCGAUACAAAAAAUUGCAUUAAUUAUAACUAGAAAUUAUGGGGGCCCUUUUUGAAAAUGGCUUAAGGUUGGACAGAUAUAACAGUGACGAUCUCUUUAAUGCGCUGCUACGUUAUGGAUUAUUUGUAGGCGCAAUAUUUCAGCUCAUCUGUAUUGCGGCAUCGAUUUUGCUCCCUGCUGCUAGUGAAGGAUCGAAUGGCGAAGAUGGAAGCGAGGAUUACAAGUUCAACAGCGAAAUGGGAAAUAUGCGGCGAUUGCACAAGUUACGCAAACAGGAUAAAAAGAAGCGACGUUGAUUCUAUCAUCGUGUACAAAUAUUUCUAACUCAGUAUAUGAGUUCACAAUGUAAUUAAGAUAGUAAGAUUUAUUUGCUGAUAGAGUGUCAUGCAAUAUUUACGAGUUUCGUUUUAUAUUUUAAACAGCAAAGCAGUUAAAAUCCCUAUACCCAUUAUAUGUAUAUAAUUUGACACAUGCACAUAUGUAUUUGUAUAUUAACAAUUAUAUUACAGUAGCGUGAAAAUUACAUUUUCAUGAAUGUUCAGAUAAAAAAUUUCAAAUAUAUUAUAAACAUUCCCACCAACUGGUAAA